UUGUUUUUUUAGUUGAAUCGAACGGUUGGCUCGGAACCCGGAGCAGCCAACAGAAGAAGAAGAAGAAGAAGCAGGCACAGCCGGAACGCAGGCGUGUGUGUGUGUAAGCAGCCCCCACCACUACCUAGGCGAGCGAACGAUUGUGGAGACGACGACAACACGACGACCGUCCCAUUGUUGUUAUUGUGGUGGCGAGCGGUCGGACGUUCAGUCGUUCGGUUAGGUCGCAACGACCGUUAGUCACGUCGGUCGGUCGUUCUCACCCGUGCACCUUAAGCAGAGCCACAUACACGUAGUAAUACGCGCCGCGCCGUUCCGUUUGUCGUUCAUCGUUCUCUUGCUCUCGUGCUUACUCGCUCUCUCCCCCGCUUCCCAUCCCCUAACCUCUUAGUGUGCCUGUGUGCUCGCUCGCUCGCGGUGGUGAUAAAUUUUUUUUUGUUGGCACAAAGUAAAAAUAUAACAGAAUAAAAAAUCGUGGCGCGGAUAAAAGCUAAUCGAAAAUUAUUGCAAGUAUUGGCGAUUUGAGAGGAGUGAGAGCCGCUACCACCGCCACUCUGCUGUGUGCAUUCUCGUGCAGUUAACCGUUGUUGUUUAUUAUCCAGUCCAAAUGUCAGCUGUUUCACGCAACAUGUACCAUAAAAGCGGAACAGCGAAGCGCAGAAAAAGAGCUAACCGAUCAAGCCCAGGACAGCAGCAACAGCAGCAAGAAAGAGAGCGCUGUUAACAACAUAAACAAUACAAAAAAGAAAUCAAUGAACACACAUACAUAGGCGCAAUAAGAACAACAAAUACCAUAGAAGCAACAAUAAAAAUUAAGGAACAGGAGAGACGAGAAGGGAGGGGCCUAGAAAGAUAGAGCAUAACCAACCACAAGCCCAAAACAAGAGCAUAAGCUACUUGAAGUAGGGCCUAGGCUUCGGUCAGAGGAGAGACUAGAGAGCAGGGGCAGGAUCAUUCAGCUUAGUCGGAAGAGGAACCCCCGCUAUGACAAUCAUACUCUUCCUGGUGGACACUUCGUCGUCCAUGUGCCAGAAGGCGUAUGUGAACGGGGUGCAAAAGACGUAUCUGGACAUUGCCAAGGGUGCAGUAGAGACGUUCCUCAAGUAUCGCCAGCGGACGCAGGACUGUCUCGGGGAUCGCUACAUGCUACUCACAUUCGAGGAGCCGCCGGCUAAUGUAAAGGCCGGCUGGAAGGAAAAUCAUGCCACUUUUAUGAACGAACUUAAGAACCUGCAGAGUCACGGCCUCACUUCUAUGGGUGAAUCGUUGCGCAACGCCUUCGAUCUGCUUAAUCUAAAUCGGAUGCAGUCGGGCAUCGAUACGUACGGCCAGGGCCGGUGUCCCUUCUACCUGGAGCCCUCGGUCAUCAUUGUGAUUACAGACGGCGGUAGGUACUCUUACCGCAACGGUGUCCAUCAAGAGAUAAUACUGCCGCUGAGCAACCAAAUACCGGGAACCAAGUUUACCAAGGAACCUUUUCGCUGGGACCAGCGUCUCUUUUCCUUGGUUCUCCGGAUGCCCGGCAAUAAGAUUGAUGAGCGGGUGGACGGCAAGGUGCCGCACGAUGACUCCCCGAUCGAGCGGAUGUGCGAGGUCACCGGUGGACGGUCCUAUCGCGUCCGCAGCCACUAUGUGCUUAACCAGUGCAUCGAGAGUCUUGUGCAGAAAGUGCAACCAGGUGUGGUAUUGCAGUUUGAGCCGCUUCUACUGCCUAAGGAAACGCCGACGGGUCAAGCAGGAUCAAGUAGUAAUGCUGGCACCGGUGCCAUUCAAGGUGCAGUUGGUGGAGGGGCGGGCGGAGCUGGUUCGGUAUCGGUAACGGCGACCUCUUCCUCCUCGUCCACGUCCUCGUCCUCCUCGUCUUCGGCGGCGACAUCGGCAGGAGCAGCUGGUGGAUCAGCAGCAGGAGAAGCCCCAACGGACAUAGUCUUCCAGCCGGUAAAAAAGAUGAUCUACGUGCAGAAGCACAUCACACAAAAGACCUUCCCCAUCGGCUACUGGCCGCUGCCGGAACCCUAUUGGCCGGACUCCAAGGCCAUCACACUGCCGCCCCGCGACGCUCAUCCCAAGCUGAAGAUUCUAACGCCGGCAGUAGAUGAGCCGCAGCUGGUGCGCAGCUUCCCUGUGGACAAAUAUGAGAUCGAGGGCUGCCCUCUUACGUUGCAGAUCCUCAACAAGCGCGAGAUGAACAAGUGCUGGCAAGUGAUUGUGACAAAUGGGAUGCACGGCUUUGAACUGCCUUUUGGUUACCUGAAGGCCUCGCCGAACUUUACCCAGGUCCACCUGUACGUCCUCGCUUACAACUACCCGGCGUUACUACCCCUCCUGCACGACCUAAUCCACAAGUACAACAUGAGUCCGCCGAACGACCUUAUGUAUAAGUUUAACGCCUACGUCCGCUCCAUACCGCCCUACUACUGCCCCUUCCUCCGCAAGGCUCUCGUCAACAUCAAUGUGCCGUACCAGCUGCUGCAGUUCCUGCUGCCCGAGAACGUGGACAACUACCUGUCCCCCACCAUUGCCAACCAGCUGAAACACAUCAAGAACACGGCCAAGCAGGACCAGGAGAACCUCUGCCUGAAGGUCUACAAGCAGCUGAAGCAGCCGAAGCCCCCCUAUCGCCAGGUGGAGACUGCCAAGCUAUGCACGGGCGUUGCCCUGCGCCGGGAUCUGGUGCGGCACCCGCUGCUGAGGGACACAUUCGCCAAACUCCAUGCCGAGAUCGAACCCGUGGAGAACUACACGAUUGUGGUGCCGCAACUGACUCAUCAGCUGUCGGCGAAAACGUACCGGAAUCCGUUUGAUAUACCGCGCCGAGACCUGAUCGAGGAAAUUGCCCGAAUGCGCGAGACCUUUUUGAGACCCGCCUCGCUAGUGGCCAAGGAUUCGGGCCACUGCCUGCCCAUUGCCGAGAUGGGCAACUACCAGGAGUAUCUCAAAAACAAGGACAAUCCGCUGCGCGAAAUCGAGCCCACAAAUGUGCGACAGCACAUGUUCGGCAAUCCUUAUAAGAAGGACAAGCACAUGGUCAUGGUGGACGAGGCGGAUCUCAGCGAUGUGGCUCCCAUGAAGUCGCCCAAUGGGAAUGGGCAGAGCGGUGCCCCGCCGCCGGGAUCAGGUUCGGGUUCUGGUUCACCCACAGGACCGGGACAACCGUCGCCGUCGCCGGGUGGCCCUGGUGUAAGCCAAGGUAUGUCCGGCUUAAUGAUGGGGGGCGGUGGAGGUGGCGUUGGUGGUCUCUCCAAGAAGCUGGACGGCACGGCCCGAGGACGCAAACGGAAAGCAGGACCUCUACCGCGCGCCUUUGAAUUCCGGCGCAUGUCCACGGAUUCGCGAUCGGCCUGCUCCAGUCCCGUCCCCUCACCGACGACGAGCACCAGUGCCCCAGCGGGCGCACAGCUACCCGGGACCUUGCCAUCGGUAUUAGGAUUAGGAUGUGAUUCCUUGACGCCAGCCGACAACAGUCCCGGUUCCAGUUGCUUUGACGACGACAGCAACAGCAGCUGCAAUAGCUCCAGCAGUAGCAGUUUUGCUAGCUCAUCCUCCGCAGUCUCGGAGCAGCGGGAGUUGCCGAACGACUCGGGGCUGUCGCUGGGGCAUUCAGAUCGCCUGGGCAUCGGCUUUGACUUCAAUGAGGAGGAGACUAGCGAACAGGACACACCACUCAACGGUUACGUGCACAACUUUAUCAAUGGAAUCAGCGAGGACGCAAUGGGUGCCGUGGACACUGAAGCAACGACGGAGGCCGCGAUCAGUGCGAGUUCAAGUGCCGCGACGGCGCCGACGACCACAGUGUCAGCGUGUUCUGCCCCUGCCGCUAUUAUGGUUAUCGUGCCGACAGAGCCUCCACAGGAAGCCACGACAGCACCAACGGCAGCGGGAACGGUAACGACUAGCAAUGGUAACGAUGUCUCCUGUCCCGCCAUCGUCGCUAGCAGCAGCGGCAGUGUAAAUUUUGGAAGUAGCAGUAGCCUAAGUUCCAGCUCCUCAGGAGUGCUCUAUGUUCCCCUGAACGGCCUGACCACCCAUGCCGCCUACAGUAGCAAUCUGGGCGGAGUCAGUUCCUCGUCGAUGGACAGCCUGAGCUCACUGAGUAACUCAAGACCGGGCCUACUGCCCCUAGCCAAUGGCUACGGGCACGGCCAUGGAGCAGUGGCUAUCUCACCGCCCUCGCCAUUAUCACCGCCCGCCAGCAGCAGCUCCACGUUGCCCGCAACUUCCACCUCCAGCUCCAGUUCCAGCUCUGCCUUCAGUCACUUUAGCCACAAUGACAUCAACGAUGCCUCGGAGAUAUCGCGCAUCCUGCAGACCUGCCACAACGGCACCAGCUCUUCCUCCUCGGGAGCAGGUGGCAACAACAGUAGCAGCAACAACAGCGGCAGCAACAACCUGAAUGGCAAUGGCAGCAGCAGUGGGGGUAGCUCGUCGUCCUCAGCGGACAGCGGCCUAGUCGAAGAUCACUACUCGCUGGGCAGCAAUAGCUUCGAUGCCUUGAAGCGUGCGGCGGUUGGUGGGAAUCCCCACUAUUACUGGGCCAGUGGCCUCAAGCUAAUGGAUUCUCCUGGAAGCGGAGUCAAGAGCGGCAGCUGCGGUUCUUCGCCUACGCACAACAACGGCGGCGAGGUAAGUCCGCCGCCACCCCUGACACUCAGCGAGGAGCAACGCGAGGCGGCCCGACGACAUAACAUUGACUUGCGUCUGCAAAUCUUCAGGGACAUCCGUCGGCCUGGGCGCGACUAUAGCCAGUUAUUGGAGCACUUGAAUCUGGUUAAGGGCGACCACGACAUGCAGUCAGAGUUUGUGGAAAUGUGCAUUGGGGAGUCGUUGCGCUUCCGGCGGCAUCGAAUGGUGUGCAGCAUCCAGGACUGGUGGGAGGAAAAGCAGCAGUCAACACCGACAGUAGCCGCUGUGGCCGAGCAGGCCGCCGCCAAGAGUUAACGAUGGCUGAUGUGGCAUCACUGAGCCCACGGGGUCAUCAUCCAAGCCAUCUGUCUGUGAGUGUGUCGGAGGGGAGGUCAUUGGGAAAUCAAGGGGAGAGCUCACUCCCGCUGUAAAUAUUGUUGCCAGAGGACAGCCACGGUUUUUUGGAUGGUACACGGGACUAUAGCCACCACAAGCACCACGAAAACAACAACCGAAAAGAGAAACUAAACACACAGUGAACUUGAGAUAGAGUGAGAGGGAGUAUCUAGGAUCGUGAACAGGUCUUAGUCGCAGAUAUUUGUAAUUAGUAUGAUCUAUUAUUAUGUAUGUAUAUGUAGGUAAGCUAAGCCUAAGCUAAGCAAUUCUAAUGAGAAAAAUUACGUAAAAAUCCACAAUAUACACAGAUUUUGUAGCCGCCGUUUCAUUUAGACAUUUAUAGUUAUAUAUAUACAUAUAUUUAAAUGUAGGGUUAAAUUUUUUUUUCCCACGAUGCUAGAAGUUAGUGUAGAAUUAUAUAUAUCGAAAUUAUCAACCUAAAGUGUAAAUUGUAUGUGUAAAAGCAGCUACAGGAGAGUUUUAGGAAAACGCCCACAAUACAUUUUAGCCAAUUUUGUUGGAAGCCCAGAUUAGGAUGCCAGAUCAAGCCCUAAUUAAUCUAGACGAUAUAUAUAAAUUUUAUAUUUCAUAUUACAUAUUUUAAAACUUUAUAUUUAUUGCGUAUUAAUUUGUAUCAUCCUUUGGCCAGCCUCCUCAAAUCUCCAUUUGUUUUUUUUU